AUAUUCAUUUGUUUCCAAGUUUGUCUUCAAACUCGGCCAAAUAUAUAAGGUAGGACAUUUUUCUUGUCAGUCAGUGCAAAUUGAGGAGUGUCAAACUGAACAAGUGAAUAAAUAUUCAAAAAAAAUAUUUCAAAAUGUCCAAGUCUAGUUUGAUCGCAGUAUUGGCGCUCAUUGCAUCCGCAUCAGCUCAGCGAUACGUAUACAGCUACGGGACACUGCCAUACGCAGCACCACAAGCAGCAUACACAGACUACACUCCCUUCGCUUCAUUGACAUCAUACCCCCGCUACCAAACAGCGUAUGCAUCAGCGUACUCCAAUACAUACCCAGCAUAUUCAGCAGGUCUUGCUGCCCCUCUCACUGUGCCUAGGGUUUAUGCAUCUUCGUAUGCUGUUGAUGAAUUUGCGUCUCUAGUCAACCCUGCCGCGGCCCCUCUUACUACUGUUGCUGAUGCCGUUGCAUUCUACGGAUCGCCUUACAGUUACUUGUUGAAGCGAUAGGUUCUUUACAAAAUAUAAUUCGAUGUAUUUAAGAAAUGAUGGAUACUUAAAUGUAAACGACUCAUGACUGGAAUGGACUUUUGAUAAAAUGUAGGCUGUUUCUAAUAUGUUUCUAUUUGUUAUAUUAAAUGCAAAUGUGAUUGUUUA